AUGCGUCAACAGAGGGUGCGAGGUGUGAGUUUCAAGGAGGAGUACGCCUGCGCAAUGCGUCGGCGUCCGCGUCUCGAGGCACGCGCGCUGGAGACGGUGACGGAGCGAACACUUCUCGCACCGAAGGCCAGCACGCUGACAGACCGAAUAACCGUUGUCUUGGACCUUGAUGAAACACUUGUGUAUGCACGGGAAGGACCGCUGUACGUGCGGCCAGGCAUAGAAGAACUCCUUCAGUUUUUGGAGGAAAAUUGUGAGACGGUGGUGUGGACGGCGGGAAUGAAGCAAUACGCGGAGGCGGUUGUCCGACUUAUUGACACCAACGGCUGUGUGCACCAUACAAUUGCCCGUGACAGCACAUGGUUCAGAGGAAGCUCCUGCAGCAAGGAUCUGUCUCUGCUCGGCAGAGACACGGAGACGACAAUCGUGUUUGAGAACACACCUGACUGCAUCCGCGGCUUUGAGCAAAAUGGAGUUCUUGUGGCGGACUAUGAGGGUGGGGAGCUAGAGGAUUACACGCUGUACACCAUCUUGGGACUCUUGAAGGAUCUGGUGCGGCGCAGGAACGAGGAACAUAUCACCGUGCCGGAGUACAUCCGCAGUUCGAACCUCCUCAACCUGCGAGUGGUUCCCACCGAUGGUGGGGACGAAAUGUCGUGUUACUGUCUGAAUGCAUACUGGCCAGAGUUGGAGACGACGAGAAGCAUGCAUUCGAAGCGCCGCAAAGUUCUUUGCUGCGUCGGUGACCGUCGCAAUAUCGCAGUUCACUAA